AUGCCUGCCGUUCACCGUGCCUGCCAUUCACCGUGCCUGCCGUUCACCGUGCCUGCCGUUCACCGUACCUGCUGUUCACCAUGCCUGCCGUUCACGAUACCUGCUGUUCACCGUGCCUGCCGUUCACCGUCCCUGCCGUUCACCGUACCUGCUGUUCACCAUGCCUGCCGUUCACCGUCCCUGCCGUUCACCGUCCCUGCCGUUCACCGUACCUGCUGUUCAACAUACCUGCCGUUCACCGUCCCUGCCGUUCACCAUGCCUGCCGUUCACCGUACCUGUCGUUCACCAUGCCUGCCGUUCACCGUGCCUGCCAUUCACCGUGCCUGGCGUUCACCAUGCCUGCCGUUCACCGUGCCUGCCGUUCACAGUCCUUGCCGUUCACCGUGCCUGCCGUUCACCGUGCCUGCCGUUCACCAUGCCUGCCGUUCACCGUGCCUGCCGUUCACCAUGCCUGCCGUUCACCGUACCUGCUGUUCACCAUGCCUGCCGUUCACGAUACCUGCUGUUCACCGUGCCUGCCGUUCACCGUCCCUGCCGUUCACCGUCUCUGCCGUUCACCGUACCUGCUGUUCACCAUGCCUGCCGUUCACCGUCCCUGCCGUUCACCGUCCCUGCCGUUCACCGUACCUGCUGUUCACCAUACCUGGCGUUCACCGUCCCUGCCGUUCACCAUGCCUGCCGUUCACCGUACCUGUCGUUCACCAUGCCUGCCGUUCACCGUACCUGUCGUUCACCAUGCCUGCCGUUCACCGUACCUGCUGUUCACCAUGCCUGCCGUUCACCGUACCUGCCGUUCACCGUACCUGCCGUUCACCAUGCCUGCCGUUCACCAUGCCUGCCGUUCACUGUGCCUGCCGUUCACCAUGCCUGCCGUUCACCGUACCUGCCGUUCACCAUGCCUGCCGUUCACUGUACUUGCCGUUCACCGUGCCUGUCGUUCACCGUCCCUUCCGUUCACCGUGCCUGCCGUUCACCGUGCCUGUCGUUCACCGUCCCUUCCGUUCACCGUGCCUGCCGUUCACCGUGCCUGCCGUUCACCGUACCUGCCGUUCACCGUACACUUUAAUAAGCCAAAAGGGAAAAUCUCCAAUAAUAACAGCCACAAUGUCUAA